AUGGCAGCUGUCCGCCGAUCGAGGAGAUCUUACGCAACCUUCUACACCACCAAUGGCAGAGACUAUCUUGCCUCAGAGUUUGGCUGCUCUAACGAACAGCUCGAUGCCUGGCUGAGGUCCAGCACGGUUCGACCACACCUUCAGCUUUGGUACAAGCUUUGUGCCCUCGGCCAGCGCAGGUUCCACGAGGCCGUUGAGUGGAUCGAGCGGGGAUGCCACAUCGGCAGCAAGGGCUAUUUCUAUGAUCCAGAAGAUGGACUGCAGGUGGAUGUCAAGCUCUUCUGUCUUGCUGAAGGCAACAUUGAUGCGAGCGCUAGCUACCAAAUCAGCAUCUAUGCAGACCCACACGUCGAGACAUAUGGCUGGUCUACAGCAGAGCUUUGGGCCAGAAGCGCUUGGAGGGUUGUGCAAGAGAAUGCCAGUCCUGGGGGUGUCUUCGAGACCAUGGCCAAGAAGCACGCAUCAAGAGCCUAUGCAUUGGUGAUCGAUAUGAUGAGCAUCGCAUUCCACUCCAUCGCCUGCAGACGAUCGACCUCGGUGUGGGAGGAGAUCAUCGGCUUUGUCGCUAAGGAAACCGAGAACGCAACGGCCGAGUUUACAAGGAACAAGAUGGUGAUCUAUCUCGCGGGUGAGCUGGAUGGAGACCCAAAUGCAGAUCGUCAAGAGGGUGGAAAGGGUAGGCUGGGCAAAAAGCGUGCGGAGGAUGUCGCUCUUGAAACUUCAAGCGUGGCCGACUCGGAAGCGACCACGAUCCACGACUCCGACGAGGAUGGCGACUUUGAGGAUCCAGCCACACCAAGUACGAAGGCAACAAAUGUCAAGACCAGUCCAAGGGCGCCCAAGAAGCCGAAGUGGAGGAAGUCGUUCGAGUACGAGGAGGACGAGAUCGUUGUCAAGGCUCGGGCGAUUGAUAGGUGGCUGCGAGAGAAGUCAGUGACUCCCACUCCGGUCCGGCAACAGCUGGUCAACUUGGACCGCCCAUGA